UAUAAAUGGAAAGUAUGGAGAUAACUCCUUCACGUUGCCUAGUCACAAUCUCACAGUUAUUCAACUCAAAGGAAAUCAGCAAGAAAGAAAAGUUAACGCUGAAAUACCUAGUUUUCCUAGAAUACACUGAAGUCUUCCAGUUGUUCGAGAAUGCUAUUAACGACAAGAUCACACACAAGGCUUUGGUAGAAGAACUUAAGAAAGUAGCAAGCUAUAUGACCAUGGACAGGAUCGAAGUGUUAUAAAAGAUAAGUAUCAUGAUGAAGAAGCCCUAGCUGGCAGCCCUGACAUCAGGAAGAUUAAAAGGAAGGCCCAACAGAAGAAGAAACAGAUUGUCGAAGGCAACUCUCCUAAGGAUAUGAUGUCCCCGAUGAGCACAACAAUGAUUAAGAUUAAAAGGAAAAAUGAUAAAAAUUCUAAUAAAAACUCAAGUAAUUUCUCAUUGAGAUCUGGUAAUUUCGAGCAUAAAAGAGGAACCAGUUAUAACGCUGAUAUGAAUAAUGGCAGCGUGGGCAGUUUAGGAGGUCUAGCUCCCUGAAAUAUCGGAAACAGCCCUGAAUUUACAAAAUCUAAUUUGAAAGAAGUCAUACAGAAGACGAGACUUAAUAAAGGUGCUAAUACAAAUUCUUAGUGUUAGCUU